GACCGCUUCUUUUACAAAGCUUGGUUGAUUCAAGAACCAUGGCUCUGUUUCAACAGAAGCUAUCACUAUCCUCAAAUUGUUCGCCAUUCAAUUCACUUCCGAGGAUACUUGUCUCCAAGUCUCUUAGUAGUAGAAUCGCCUUGACAAGGUCCCGUUCGAUUUGCAGAGCUUCGUGGCAAGAGCUUGCGGGAGUGUUGAUUUUCUCGGCAAUACCGUUCACUGCGGUUAAAGCAAUCGCCAACAGUUCACUAGGAGAAUCUCUGCGGCUGAGAUUGGAAGAGAGAAAGAAAGAAGCUGUAGAGAGUUCUUCAAGAUUCAGAGCUAAAGCUCAGGAAGCUAGAAACGAUAGUAAGUGGUAUGGAGAAGAACGUCCCCGUUGGUUUGGUCCAGUCCCAUAUGAGUAUCCUCCAUACCUUACAGGAGAAUUUCCUGGGGAUUAUGGAUUCGACAUUGCAGGACUUGGCAAAGAUCGUUCGACCUUUGAUAAAUACUUCAACUUUGAAAUACUUCAUGCUCGUUGGGCCAUGCUUGCAGCGUUGGGUGUUAUAAUCCCAGAAAUAUUUGAUCUCACUGGAGCUUUCCAUUUUGCUGAGUCCGUAUGGUGGCGAGUCGGAUACUCGAAGCUUCAGGGAGAAACAUUGGACUACCUAGGCAUUCCAGGGCUGCACUUAGCGGGAAGCCAAGGUGUCAUUGUUAUCGCUAUUUGUCAAGUACUCUUGAUGGUAGGACCGGAAUAUGCAAGAUAUUGUGGUAUAGAGGCCUUAGAGCCACUGGGAAUAUACUUGCCAGGAGACAUAAACUAUCCCGGAGGGACGCUUUUUGAUCCCUUGAACCUCUCGGAGGACCCGGUAGCUUUUGAAGAUCUUAAGGUUAAAGAGAUUAAAAACGGGAGACUAGCUAUGGUCGCGUGGCUUGGAUUCUAUGCACAGGCAGCUUUCACUGGAAAAGGUCCUAUACAAAAUCUUGUUGACCAUGUCUCUGAUCCAUUACAUAACAAUCUGCUCGCUAUGCUUCAGAUAUAAAGAGACUAUGCAUGUACAUACAAUAUGUCAAAAAGACAAUGCGUGAAUAUGUUUAAUACCAUAAGUUACCCAACUAA